CUUCCGCUCGCCGAGUCGCGGCUUGUGACGUGUGAGUGAGGCGAUGGCGGGGGAAGGGAAGGGAGCGGAGGGUGAGGAGCCCAGUCACAGCUUUAGGCUCACUAUAACCAAGCGGGAGCCGGCGGUGAGGCUGCUGCACACUGUGACCGGGCUGGAGCCCCUGGCUUGGUCGGAGGAUCACCGCUUGUCUGUGUGUACCGGCCGCAGCCUCUGCUUCCUGGAGCUGUUCUGGGAUAUCAAUGGCUGCUCCCAGGAACUCACCCUGCACCGCACCUGUGUGCCCGCCCCUGCCUCCACUUGCACCCUCAAGGUUGGCAAAGAGAAGGAAGUUGAAGACUGCAAGGAAAUGUUUGCGAGGUCGAAGACGCUGACAGUCAGCCAGUCCUUUAUGCUGGAUCGGGUGUUUAACCCUGAAGGGAAGUUCUUACCGUCUUUCCAAGGGUUUAAAUACGCCAGCUGGUCUCCUAUUGGUUGCGACGCCAAUGGCCGAUGCCUUGUGGCAGCCCUCACCUUGGACAACAGGCUGACCAUUCACGCCAAUAUUAACCGGCUGCACUGGAGACAGCUAGUUGAUUUAACCGAACUGUAUGGGCAGCACCUGUUUGAGAGCAACUACAGAGUAAGCGGGGACGAGACCCCCCACGCGGGCCUGGAUGACUUUACUGAGUUCAAGAGGCGGCACAGCAUGCAGACCCCCGUGAGAAUGGAAUGGUCGGGGAUCUGUAUCAGUCAACAGAUCACGGAGAAUAACGAGUGCGUGGAUCAGAGCACGGUACUCCUGGCUGUACUCUUCGAGAAUGGAGACGUUGCAGUGUGGCAGCUCCGGCUGCCCUUUCUGGGCAAGGAAUCCAUCACUUCUUGCAACACCAUUGUAUCGGGAAUAUCUUCCCCCAGUGUUCUGGCGUGGUGGGAAUACGAGCACAGCAAUCGGAAAAUGAGCGGCCUCAUUAUCGGGAGCCGUUUGGGCCCCAUUAAAAUCAUCCCAGUGAACUUAAAGGCAGUGAAGGGUUACUUCACUCUACGGCAGCCUGUGAUCCUUUGGCAAGAAGCCGACUUGCUGCCCGUACACGGCAUUAAAUGCAUAGGACUUUAUCAUCCGUACCAGAACUGCCGCUGCAGCCUUGUCGUCGCUGCCCGGGGGUGCUAUUUAUUUUGGUGUUUGCUGCUCAUAUCCAAAGCCGGUUUGAACGUUCACAAUUCCCACGUAACCGGACUUCACUCGUUGCCGAUCAUAUCCAUGUCGGUGGAUAAACAGAACGGCACCAUUUAUACGUGCUCCGUCGACGGCAAAGUCCAACAGCUCAUUCCUAUUUUUACGGAGGUGGCUUUAAAGUUCGAGCACCAGUUGAUCAACUUGUCGGAUAUGUUUGGCCCCGUCAAGUCCCACGCCAUUACGGUCAGCCCUGGUGGCGCCUACCUCGCUUGCAUCACCACUGAAGGCAUGAGUAGGGGCAUUCAUCCGAUGACCAAGACGUACCUGGUUCAUUUUGUCGCUCUUAAGAGUUUCGAAGAGGCUGCAGCCCAACUCUUGGAAUGCUCCAGCCAAAACCUCUUCAGCCAGAUGGAUCUAACAGACCUGGUGAGGUGGAAGAUCUUAAAAGAUAAGAUGAUCCCUCAGUUUCUGCAAGAGGCGUUGGAUAAAAAGAUUGAAGGUGGCUCCUUGUAUUUCUGGCGUUUCCGCUUGUUUUUGCUCAGGGUUUGGUACCAGUCCCUUCAAAAGGCCUCCAAUGAAUUAACAUGGAAACCCCCGCCAAAAGAAGAGAAAGCGGCAAAGCUCGACGACCCAACGGCGACUGACGAAAAAGACGAUCAGCAAGACGCCGGGCCGGAAAGUCCUUCAAAGGAAACCAGCGAGAAUAGCCCUGCUGACGUUACCAGAGAGGCGGACGGCGGAGCGGCAGAAGACGGCUUGCUGGAGAUCCAGGAGAAGAUCGGCUCGGCGGAGUGGCACUUAGUACGGGAACACAUGAAACAAGUGUUGGGGGAAGUUUAUCUGCACACGUGGAUUGCGCAGAAUACCAGCGUUCCCACUAGGGGUAUCUGUGACUUUCUGACUUCUAAAGACUCGGAUGAUCGAGCAGUUCAGGUGAUCAUCGGGCACCUAGAGAAGAAGAUGAACAAGCAGAAGUUCCCAGAGCACUGCAUUCUGUGUAAAGAAGUGUUGCCCUUUAAUGACCCAAAGCAGGCUCUUUGCCCCAAUGGGCAUGUAUGGCCCAGAUGUUUCCUUACAUACCAGGCCUGUCAGAGCCUCCUGUACCGACGGUGCUUGCUGCACGACAGCAUCGCCAGACAUCCGGCACCCAAAGAUCCAGAUUGGAUGAAGAAGCUGUUGAAUUAUCCAUGCAUACUGUGUGACUCCCCUGUAUUCUAGAGCUCUGAUUGGGUCACCUCAGCGCCACGUGCACAAUGAUUGGUCCAUGGAAACACCGCCUCCUCCUCCUCAUCAUUUCUGCAGGAAGGUUGCUUUGUAAUGCAGCAUCGCCUACACUGUAUGGAUCUCAUACUGCACUGAGGUAACAAGGACUGUCUGGUACCGGAGCUGCCACAGCGCUUCCUUAACUAUUGCACUUUAAUAGCAAUAAUGAGAGGUUUCCUCCAUUACUGUUAUCCCUUUCCCUGGUCCCAAGGAUCACGGAGGGGUCUCACUUUGGUUUACGGACUCAAACUAUUUAUAGGUUCUGUAAAUAAAAUAGGUUUUGUAACCCUG